CUUCUAAUUUAUGAACAUAAACAUCACCCGCCAGUUGCAGGACGUCUUCAUCAAUCCCGUUUCCUCAUUGUCAACCCCAAUGGCAUGCCCCCUCUCUGGAACGCCUUGAUCCGCACGCACCACAUAACCUCGCGCAAGAAAGUCUCCAAACUACGCGCCGCAGCCGCAGCUCACAAUGUCUUCGCCCUCCUGCGCAGCGGUGGCUGCCCAGGUAUCAUGUACUGCGAAGGGAGCGAGAUGGGCGUGAGGGAUUGGGUAGCCACGGUGCAGCGGUUGAGAUAUAAGGAUUAUCAGCUGGUGAUCAAGCCGGGGGAGAAGCGGGUUGACGGUGGUGGUGGAAAAGGAGAUGAUGGAGUUGUGUAUGGCAAGUUGGAGGAGAUUGAGAGUGUGAAGGUUUAUGGGGCAUGGAUGAAGGAGAUGGGGUUGUGGGGGUGGUGGAGGAAGGGGAUGGGGUAUGCGCAGGAAGGGGAUUAGGGGUGUGAUGUUGAAUUUCAAAGGGUGCUGAAUUGAUUGCAGGGAAAAUUUCAAGGAAGGGGAUGGGCCACCUUGAAUGGUUAGUGUACUUCCAUUGCGCCGUAGUCGGUGCAUUGAUCAGAUUCCUGGAAGUGGCCUAUAUGAUGGUACAUUUGGAGGAUGUACAUGCCGAAGUGCAUCGAAAAGCAAGUGAUAGCGUACGAUGGAGUACCCAGAACCCUCUCACGGAGAAGUUACUUCUGGUAUCGAGUACCAUUCAGGAGUGGUUCUGUGUCACCUAAUCAACAUGCUGGUUUUGCUUUCGUGAAGUGACG